AUGACAACCAUGACAGGAAAGGAGGAUAUCCCAGAUGUGAAGCCCAAAGUAAAGAUUUUAGCGCCGACUUUUGGAAUCGACAAGGCCAGAUUCGGUGGACCAGGCUUUAGAUCUAAAAGUUUCGCCAUCACCGAUCUCUUGGGUCUCGAGACGGAUCUUCAACCAAAUCAAGUGGUACCUGGAGUAGGAGGGAACGCCGAUGGCCAGAGUGCGGGCUUCGGGGGUUUCUCCUUUGCUGGAGGCUCCCUACCUCUCGGUUUAGGUUUUCUAUGUAAUCUGGCUGCCCAGCAGCCCCCUGGGACACCUUGCUUUCUGCCGAGCCACAUACCCCUACUGCAGUCCAGGACAGAGACUCAUUUCAUACAGAACCUAGACCAGCAGAGGGAAAACUAUUCUGACGAUGACUGUCUUUCAGUGGAUCGUAGUGACACAAAGAGUUCCGGAAGUUCACAAAAGAGGAAAAAGAGAAGACAUCGAACAGUGUUCACAUCUCAUCAGCUUGAGGAGUUGGAGAAGGCGUUUCAUGAAGCACACUAUCCUGAUGUGUAUGCCAGAGAAAUGCUGGCAAUGAAAACCGAGUUGCCUGAAGACAGAAUACAGGUGUGGUUCCAGAACCGCAGGGCCAAGUGGAGAAAGCGGGAGAAGUGCUGGGGCCGCAGCAGCGUGAUGGCGGAGUACGGGCUGUACGGCGCGAUGGUCCGCCAUUCCAUCCCGCUGCCGGAGUCGAUCAUAAACUCUGCCAAGAACGGCAUGAUGGGCUCGUGCGCUCCCUGGCUGCUAGGAAUGCACAAAAAGUCAGUGGAGGUUGUUAAAAAUGUCCCCAAUACCUCAGAGUCAAACGGCGACGCAUAUGCGGAAGAAUCAAAGGCGAAAGACAGCGCCAUCGCGUGGCAAAAGCGAGGCGAAACGCCAGAGGACGGCGAGGAUACAGCCAUGGACCUGUCGCGCGCGUCUAAGCAGCAAAGCAGAAGCACUUUGAGACUGUCACACACAAAUCCCAAAGGCUCCGGGAGCGACUCCGACGGCGAAAACUAAAUACGGCGAGCCCGUCCUGCCGCUCUGUCUUACAUGGUUUUGUUUCAUUGUAAGUGUAAAUUGGUUUUAUAACUUAAAAAUGACGUGUAAUGUUGUUAAUUCUAAUUUAAUCUGUCAGACGCACUUCAGCAGUUUACUUAAACCUGGCUUUAUUCAAGUUAUGGAAAACGUCAAUGAAAUGUCUUGAAAUACUUGUCGCAUUUAAUAUGGCUAAGAAUUUUCACCAAACAUUCGUCUUAUGUUCAUAAUGUAAAAUCAUUUUAUGUUUAUAGCUAUGCAGUAUUAUGUUAUCGUCCAUCUGAUUUUGGUUUCAAUGAACCAGGAGAAAAAUGCGAGAAGGACGAUUUUUUCAGCACUUUAACAGUGUGGAUUUUGAAUGUGAAUAAGAACGGAAAUAAUAAAUAAAAUCA